AUGAAUUCGGAUCAACCGAAGCGGCUCAGGCGGAAUGCUGGGGGAAAGAGACCACGCAAUAGAGCUCCCAUCUCCGCACACAUAGCCCUGGAUGAUCAGCUCCGCGGGAACGUGGGCGUUUUGUCCGAUGACCUGGCUGCCGACCUAUUCCAAUCGUCGGGCUCGACGGGGAUAGAUCAAGAUGGGAACGAAAUCCGUUAUAUCGCAAUCUCACCUUUUCUUCCUGGUUAUAGUGUUGUCGAGGAUCUAAACUGGACCAUCAUCCCUGUCCGGCAGCAGUCAAGGGACCGCGCAUACAAUAUUUCGAUUCCUCAUUCAACCGUCAUUUUCCCUUACUCCAUGGACUCGCUACAACCGUUUAUCCAGGCAUUGGGUAAGCUCGAUCCGACCCGAUCUAUUCACGCUCAGCGUGCCAUCGAGAUCAAGGUAUUGGAUGUGGUUCCGCUGCAUUUGGAUACAAUCUAUGUGACAGUGGAGCGGAAUCUGUUGCGCAAUCAUGACGAUAUUCAGAAUAGAUUUGGUGGAGGGUUUACCAGUAGCCUGCACGGGCCCAACGGGCUUUGGGCGAAGGCGGGGAAGAGCAUAGAAACGAAGAGGUACUCAAAGAAGGCAGCAGCAGAAACGGAAGAGAGGCUCACGGCUGCUGUACGGGAGAUGCUGGGAGUACUGAAGGUUGUGCACGCCGGUGAUGUGCUACCGCUUCCACUGCCACCACAUCCCAUUACAUACGCCAAACCGCCACCUGCCCAUAUUUCGUUUUGCGAACCGGUCUCCCAGGGCUUACUGAUGCCGACAACCAAAAUUGUUCUCAUUCAGGCAAGACCUCAUGGCAGCAGGGCACAGCGAAGCUUGCCACCCGGGCCAGGCUUACUCAAGCAGGUCGCGGAGGACGAGGCCGAUGACACUUCAAACGAGCAAUUUUACUCCGCUGCGGAAGACAAGCCCGUUGAGAGUAGCACAGAGAUGGAAGGUGCCUCGACCGCCGAUGAGUCCGAAACGGAGGGAUCUGGAGGAAACAUGAGUGAUACGUCGGACGACUCGUUGGAGGACAUGAUCUCUCUGACUGCCCCUGAGCUUCCACAGCCAGGUUCUGGUGUCAUCUCUGCGGUAACCGCUGCCACACCCCGUGCAGGGGGGCGACGAGCGGAUGGUAUCCACACACCAGGUUCUGUGGCAUCAAACUUCACCUCGGCGACCCUGCGGCCAGGUCGAAGUGGCAGCGGUAGGGUCUUCAAGGCAGAGACUCUACUGCGCAGCAUAUCCAACGAAUUUCUGCACCCCAAACCACGGGAAGAUGAUGACACGGAGGCUUUUAUAUUUGUGGAUAUUAGUGUACUUGCUAAAAUCGGCUGUUUUUCAGGUGAUUGGGUGAGAAUAGAGGCAUCAGAAGAGCCCCAAACAAACAUAAUUGCUUCGAUUAAGCCGGGAAGCUUCGCUGAACAAGAGGAUGAGACCGGAGAAUGGCGUGCAGUCAAAAUUUACGGGUUGCUGGGCCUCCCCUCUGCCAAACCACGAUACUCAAUCAACCAAUCUCAAGACCGGCGUCCCAGUGUUUCCCAGCGUCCUCCACUACGAUUGACGCCUUCCGUCUUUGUUCCGCCUCCCCUUCUGAAUAACCUUGAGAACCCGAAAUAUAUUCGUAUAUCUCCCAUGAGCUUUAGUGCAGUUAGCGGAGGCUCUAAACCAGGCAUUUUGCACCAAAUGAAGGCCAGCGCUGUUAGAAGUCCACCGUUGGCAAAAGAAGUGACGCUGCUUAAGGUCUCAACGCCCCUUUCCAUGGAUCGCAUCCUUCAGCCAGCAUUAUUUGCUGGACUCAAGCAAUAUUUUGAGUCAAAGAGACGAAUUCUGAAAAGUGGCGACCUUGUUGGGAUUAGUGUUGACGAAGAGCUUGGUAGGGCUGUUUUUACAGGAACUGCCGCCGGCGAUGGUUCCGUUCAGGACGAGGACAUUACUACUCGAUUGGGCCAGGUGGUAGAGCCUGAUUAUGCUGGCAUGAGGAAAGUUGGUGUCGCUUGGUUCCGUGUGGGACAAGUAAUUCCUACCUCCCCAGACACAGAGGAUGAUGCAUGGGAAGACCAGUGGGGAGGCGUUGCUGUAAUUGACCCUGCAACUACUAGAAUGGUACAAGCUGGAAGCGACGUGAGCCGAAUCCCUGGGACCAUGAAUAAUGGCUGGGAAUACUGGUUUGGAACGAAAUCGGCCCCGAGAACUGCCGGAGAAUCUCAGUCUCCCCAUGGCCUGAUCACCGAACUUCCACAUUCAUUCGUGCCUCCAUUACAGCAGCGAAUUCGAGAUUUGAUGUCGGUGGCUACAAGUCCUCGCGCGAUUCAGCUCGGUAUGAAACCAGUGGUGAUCCUCCUGAGGUCCCAGCAGAGGCAUAUCGGAAAAGCAACUAUCGCCACGCGGGCUUGUUCCGAUAUUGGCCUUCAUACCUUCCCGAUCGAUGCCUACGAUAUUCUGACUGAAGGUGGAGCAAAUGGAGGAGACGUGAAGACUGAAGCAUAUCUAAAAGCAAGAGCGGAGCGUGCAUUCAAUUGCGGGUCGAACUGCACUGCGAUACUCAUCAAGCAUAUCGAAGUCCUAACUGCGGAUAGGAUUGUUUCAGCAAUGACAGACAUUGUGGCUGACGCGAGGGUUGUGAUCGCAACGACUACAGACGUCGAGGAAAUUCCCGAGGGAAUUCGCAGCAUGUUCACGCAUGAGUUUGAGAUGACUGCGCCGGAGGAAAAAGAGCGUGAGGGUAUUCUUCAUAAUGCUGUGUUUGAGAGAGGUAUUAAAACCUCACCUGACGUGGACUUGGGCUCAGUGGCGUUGAAGACGGCUGCUCUCGUGGCCGGGGAUUUGGUGGAUGUGGUUGAGCGAGCUUCAGCCGUGAGAGCUGCUCGCCUGGAGAAAUUAGCGGAUGCUGCAAGCAAACAGCAUAAAGGAUCUCGAGUCAGCAUCAGGGAUAUUCUGAUCUCUGGAGGUGACGCAGCACGUGGCGUCACUAAGGCCGAUUUUGACUUUGCUGUUGAAGCCGCAAGAAAGAAUUUUGCGGAUUCUAUCGGCGCCCCAAAGAUCCCUAACGUUAGCUGGGACGAUGUCGGUGGAUUAACAAAUGUUAAGGAUGCCCUUGUCGAAACUAUUCAGUUGCCACUUGAGCGACCGGAAUUAUUCGCAAAAGGCAUGAAGAAGCGCAGUGGUAUUCUAUUCUACGGCCCACCAGGUACUGGCAAAACGCUGCUUGCCAAGGCCAUUGCUACCGAGUUCUCCUUGAACUUCUUCUCAGUUAAGGGACCCGAGUUGCUGAAUAUGUACAUCGGUGAGUCAGAGGCGAACGUCCGGCGAGUUUUCCAACGGGCUCGAGAUGCUCGCCCAUGUGUCGUCUUCUUCGAUGAACUGGACUCUGUUGCUCCUAAGCGAGGAAACCAGGGGGACAGUGGUGGUGUGAUGGACCGUAUUGUCAGUCAGCUCCUUGCCGAACUGGACGGUAUGAACGGAGGUGAAGAGAACAGCGGGGGCGUGUUUGUUAUCGGCGCUACCAACCGACCCGACUUGCUGGAUACAGCUCUCCUUCGUCCUGGUCGUUUCGACAAGAUGCUCUAUCUUGGAGUCUCCGAUACGCAUGACAAGCAAGCCACCAUUCUGGAAGCUCUCACGAGGAAGUUCACCCUCGACCCUGGAUUGUCACUCAAGCGAGUGGCAGAACGGCUACCUCUUACGUACACGGGUGCCGAUCUCUAUGCCUUGUGCUCGGAUUCCAUGCUCAAAGCGAUUACCCGAAAGGCUACAGCUGUGGAUGAGAAAAUCAGACAGCUACCAGGGGAUCCUGUCAGCACCGCGUACUUCUUCGACCACCUUGCUACGCCCGACGAUGUGGCUGUAAUGGUGACGGAAGAUGACUUUGUAGAAGCCCAGGGUGAGCUUGUUCCUAGUGUUAGUGCCAAGGAACUCGAGCACUUUGAACGUAUCCGGCGGUCGUUUGAAUCUGUCGAUAAGAAGCCGGACAGUGGCGGUGUUCCUAACGGACAACCGCCGCCACAGACCAUUGGGGACGCACUGGAGGCUCUCAAAUUUGGAGAUCAAUUGGAUGGUCCUAUAGGAGGACCCUUUAUCAAUGGUGACCAUCCUUCUACGGUCAAAGGGAAAGCCAAGCAGGGUCAGUCCGCUAUGAGGAACGCGAGUGGUCACUCGGUUAGCAGUAAAGGUAAAUGGAAGAUGAAGAAUAAACCCAUUGCGAUUAGCAACGGGGAUUCGGAUUCAUCUUUGGAUAGGCCCAGCCUCGGUUCCAGAGAUGAUGGACGACCGUCUCGAGGGUAUGACGAUGUGGGUGAAAAUGAUGAUGCCACUGAAGAUGGAAUGGUUAAUGGAGAUGAGGAUUAUGUCGUUCGAACCGACCAUCUGUCCGGUCGGACAAAUAGGGGGACAACACACUAG